CAAGAAAAAAAAAAAAAGGGAACUGCCCCCUCAUAUCUAACUUCUCGUCUACAACCGACAUUGUUUUUUGUUUCAUUAGUGAAAAUUUUUGGGUCAUAGUUUGCUGUUUCAUGUUGGUUUUUCUACUUUGCAAAGGAUUCUGUUGGAUAACCCAGUGUCAACUAGAAGCAUUCUAGUGUAUCGAAGCUGUUAAGCCCAGCAAUAACAAAGGGACGCCCACGAUGGAAGAAAAAAUAGACGAUUGGGAGGAUAUAAUAUGUAGAGGAUUUCAGAAAGUGGUCCAAGUUCAAGACCAAGAAACUGGAGAAUGCUGGACAGUGGCAAAAGAAACAGAUUGCUCGGGUGAGUGUAGCGAUUCCAAGGCAAUUUGUACGAGGAUAAGGCAAAGCGUUAAUGGCUGGAAGGUGCCCAUAGAAUAUUCAUUGCUUGGCUCACACUCAUCUUUCAAGGCAGAAAGUGUCCAGCCUGUAUUUACUACAAUGGAUGCAGAUUCACACACAAGUAAACCAAGCUGGACUUGUGAAAAUGAUAAAUUCUCAGAUAAAACAGCGAUAAUAGCGACGCUGCCUUCAUCUGGAAAAUUGCCUGCGUUUUGCCGGAAACGAAGAUGUUCUACCAGCUCUGGAGGAGCCAAAACUGAUUCGCCAGUCAAAUUGGCCACGAAUCCUAAUGGAAAAAGUGCGAUAGAGCGCUUUCUUGAGGGGCGGGAGUGGUUAUUGUUUGUCGGGCGGCUACUCUUCGCUUUCCUUGUGCUCCUCAGCCCGGGCUAUUUCUUCCCCCUCCUCUUCUUCAUCCGUACCUACUGCCACUAUUGGAAACACAGCGCCGCCGGAGACCAAGAAGAAGAAAUCGUGGAAAGAACCUACAGUGGGCCCUUCAGCUUCUUCCAUAGCAAAACGUUUCUAAAGUAUAGCUGUCGUGUUUGUAGAGAAAGGAUGAAAACAGAAAAGAUGUUUCGUAUCCAUUCGAAAAUAGGACCUAGUUCCUUCAAGAAAAACGCUCCAUUUCCAUUACCCGACGACUACGAAUGCCCACACAACCAUGAUGACUAUUAAUUAACCCAGUGUUUUUAAACUUUGCGGUUAUUCUAGUAUUUGUUGGCCAAGUUUUUCAAUAAAUAUAUAUAUAUAUAUAUUUGUAUGUAUAAUCACCCAUAUAUAUAUAUAUAUUUUCCUAACCAAAUAGCUUUUCUUACGAACAGAAAUGGGUGGUGGUUUAAAAAAUGAUUGACAUUUAUGCUAAGAAGUUAAAUAUUUCAUGUUAUUUCGAAAAUGUAUCAAUACAGGAGAAAAAAAAACAAGUAAUUUAGCUAAAAA